GUCACACAAACGUACACACACACACCGACAGCACAACACAGCGCACACACCUACACAAAGCGGCGGCGGCGGCGGUGUCAGUGGUGUCGGGACUAAUGCAGACAGAAGCGGAAGAUGGCUGAUGUGACAGCGGGGCACCCUGAGCCUGGCAGACUGGUACCCCCAGCCCUCCCCCAACUCUUCACCAUCCCUCAAGCCUUUCACCUCUAAAUCCAGAGGGGGGAUCAUCACUUCUCCUCUCCGCUCCCCCCUCUUCUGCACGUCCACUUUACUUCCAGCAGCCAUUUCAUCAGCACAAAGUCUAGAAAGCAUGGCAGAGAUGGAGAAAGAGGGGAGACCCCCCGAAAAUAAGAGGAGCAGGAAGCCUGCACACCCGGUGAAGAGGGAGAUCAAUGAGGAGAUGAAGGGAAAUUCACCUCUCUAUCGGGCCUGGUCACCAUUGCCCUUGAAACAGAAAGUGAGGGGGGAAUCCAAAAUGUUGCCAACAGAACAAAAGAACUUUGCUGAAAAUACCAUGAAUGAACUUCUUGGCUGGUAUGGCUAUGACAAGGUGGAGCUGAAAGAUGCAGAUGAUAUUGAGUUUAGGAACUAUCAUCCAGAUGGGGAAGGACGGCAACAUAUUUCUGUUCUCAAAGAGAAUUCAUUGCCAAAACCAAAACUAUCCGAGGACAGUGUUAUUGCACCAUUCAAUACAAAUUAUUCAGGGCUUGCUACAGGAAAUGGGCUUGCAGAACUACCAGCGGGGUCAAGGGAUCAUGGAAACAUGCCAAUUAUGGUACCUUUAAUCCCUCCUCCCUUCAUGAAACCACCAGCAGAUGAAGAUGUGUCAAAUGUGCAAAUCAUGUGUGCCUGGUGCCAGAAAGUGGGGAUUAAGCGCUACUCCCUCAGUAUGGGGAGUGAGGUGAAAAGCUUCUGCAGUGAGAAGUGCUUUGCAGCAUGCAGAAGAGCAUACUUCAAGAGAAAUAAGGCUAGAGAUGAAGAUGGACAUGGUGAAAAUUUUCCCCAGCAACACUAUGCUAAGGAAACUCCAAGACUUGCCUUCAAGAAUAACUGCGAACUACUUGUAUGCGAUUGGUGUAAACAUAUACGGCAUACUAAAGAAUAUCUCGACUUUGGAGAUGGGGAACGAAGGCUACAGUUCUGCAGCGCAAAAUGUCUAAAUCAAUACAAAAUGGAUAUUUUUUACAAAGAAACACAAGCCAACCUUCCAGCUGGACUGUGCAACACAUUACAUCCCCCAGCUGAUAGUAAAUCAGAAGGCACAGGGGUACAGCUGCUAACUCCAGAUUCCUGGAAUAUACAGUUGACAGAUGCUCGUAGAAAGGUUCCAUCCCCAGCGUCUGCAGUACAAGGUCCUGGAUCAUCAGCCUCUACCAAUGCCUCCCCAUCUGAUGCCAACAGUUCUGCAACAAAAAUUCCCACACCAGUUCCCAAGUCCAUUCCCAUGAAUGACAGUCCAAAUAUUGCACCAGUUCCUGUCCCACCACCUGCCAGUAUUGUGCCUCCCAUGGGCGUACCACCAAGGAGUCCUCCCAUGAUUAUGACUAACAGGGGACCGGUUCCUCUGCCCAUAUUUAUGGAACAGCAAAUGAUACAGCAAAUACGCCAACCAUUUUUACGAGGUCCCCAUGGUUCAGGCCCUAACAGCCCUUUGCCCAGUUCACUAAUCCCUGGUAUGGGUCCACCUCCAGGUGGUUCCAGAGUUUUAGGUCCUACGUCUAGUCCUAUGCAUAGACCAAUGUUAUCACCUCAUAAUUAUCCACCAAAUACACCUACAAUGCCAGGCAACCCACCAGGAUUGCUUCCACCACAUCCAUCUGGUGGCCCUCUACCUAGUCUUCCUUUCCCUCCCAUGGGCAUGAUGCCAAAUGGUCCCAUGCAUAUGCCACAAAUGUUCAAUUUUGGUUUGCCAUCUCUUGCACCUUUAGUGCCACCACCAACUCUUUUAGUGCCAUAUCCUGUUAUUGUUCCUUUACCUGUUCCAAUACCUAUUCCCAUACCUAUUCCUCAAGUGGUGGAUUCCAAACAUCCAAAUUACUUCUCCAGCAAUGGUGAAAGCAUCAUUCCAAGUUCAUCAAGUGAUGCACCAGGUGCAAAGCCAAAGGAUAAUUCUUUGUCCCCAAGGGAUUUUAAACAAAGGUCCUUCAAGCCUUCUGAUUCAUCUCCUGGUGGUUCAGGGCAGUCAUCUCACCAGGCUACAGUUGUUCAGGAACAAACGAAAACUGAAGUGGUAGAUUUAACAGUGAGGACAGCAAGCCCAGGAAACAGUAAAAUGAGUGUCACUAAUACCCUUCAGGUGCCACAAGAUGGAGUCAUAGAUUUAACUAUGGCACACAGAUCUAGACUUCACAAUGUCAUACAUAGAGCUCUUAGUUCUCCAUUCAAACUUGAAUCUGAACCUAACAGUGUUGUAAACUUAUCUUUCAGUAAUUCAGAUAGAACCAAUUGUAGUGACUGUAUUGACAAUAGUACGUUGGAGACAAAAGUAUAUCCCUCCAGUGACUCUGAUUUUUGUGGUACAGUGUCACGGGCCCCCAGCACUCCAGGACUGGAAACCAGUGCAGCAGUUUGUAAUGUCAUUGUAAAUGGUGCAAAGAACACAGAGGGUUCUAAAAACUCUGAGAAAUUACAUGAGCAAAGGAAGACAUUGUUAGAAAAAGAGCCAGUAGUAAGUGAGUUGGAAUCUGUUAAAGAAAACAACUGUGCAGCAAAUUGCCACUCAGAGCUAGAAACCAGCAAGAAGAAUCUUGUGGAUGAGUCCCUAAUACCUGGGGACAAACUAGAUCCUAAUCUAAAUAACCCAGCUGAUGAGGACCAUGCUUAUGCUUUGAGGAUGUUGCCUAAAACAGGUUGUGUUAUCCAGCCUGUGCCAAAACCAGCAGAAAAAACUGCGAUGACUCCUUGUAUAGUCUCAGCUCCAAUACUUUCCACAGGGACAGAAGACAUGGAGCCACCACUGAAAAGGAGGUGCCUCCGUAUUCGAAAUCAAAAUAAAUGAAGGAUGCUGGCUAACAGGGUAUCUUGCAUGGAAAUGGGAGCAGCGCAAUUUGUCCAUUCACUAAAUGACACCAGCUGGUCCUCUCCCUACUUACGUCUGCCUGCCACUGCCUUUGCUGAACACAAAUUUCCUGCUGUCUCUACCCAUUGUGCCGUCAUGCAAGAAAAGCCAUGUCAUCCACGUCUCAUAGGAUGCUGAGCAUUCCUCUUCAUUUAACUUUUCCCUACAGCUACAGUUGCUUUCAGAAAAAAAAACAGUGGACCAAUUGAUUAUUUAUCUCUUCUAUGUCUGUAGGGUUUGGAAGUAUACGACUGGAAUUAUUCGGACUCCUGCAUUUUCAUUAUUUUAAAAAAAAAACUGUUAUUGUUUUGCUGCUACAAUGAGAAUUGUACUUUGCUAUGUAAGGUUUUGGAACUGUACAAAAGGGUAAAGGUUUUGUACUGGAGUAGCAACGCUUCAAAGUCAUCUCUCUGUUACCCAUGAUGCACUUUUUUUUUAAAUUGAAACGAUUUAAAACAGAAGUUUUAAUGCCUAAUAGUGUACUUUUUAUUUUAACAAAGGCCACCUUUAUAUGUAAUGCCAUAUUUUCAGUGUUAGAUUUUAAUCCUUCAACGGAGUGCAGUAGAAGGCAGCAUGAAUAGAUGAUAUUGUGGUUUCUUGUACAGGCUGGAUGGCAAAGAAGAUCUGUAAAUGUUUAUUCUGCUCAAAUUUCCUUUAAAACUCCCUCUAAACUGCGCCCCAAUUGGGAACAGAGCUAACGUGUUGAACUAAAGACCAGAAUUCCCUGAGGGGGUAAAGCAAUCCGACAGAGGAGGGAGGAGAUAUUUGCUGAGCGUCAUCAGAGAUGUGGGAUGAAAUUUCACCCUCUCUAGAUUUCACUGAUCCAGGAAGCCAGUGAGACAAUCUCUCCACAUACUAGCAGCCCUUUUCGCUAUAAUUAAAAUAGUAUGGGCAUACCAGUAACGCAAUAGGGGCCAAGUACAAGGAAUAUAUUUUUUUUUUCUCCCCGGACCCCUUUCCAUGGAAGAACCACACCUCCCAUUUUUCCCCUGCCUGCUAUUCUGUUUUCGUGUUUGUUGACUCCUGUCUGGAUGAUGAAAAAUGUGCAAUUCAGUCCUCAGUCACUGGUAUGAGGAUAUAACAGGGUAGAAGUCACAUUCAUAAUAUUAUGUGCACUUGUACAGAUGUAGCCAAGAGUCCAAAAUGACAGUAGCUUAAAGCUCAUGUGCUGGCACUUAUAUCUGAAAAAAAAAAAAAAGAAUUAUAAAAAUGAUGUGAAGUGUUCCCCCCCCCCUCCCCUUUUUUUAAAAGACAAGUUUUGAAGAAUCUCAAUCACAUUGCGAUUCAGUGUGUAUGUUUACUAACUCCAUUAAAGCAUUUGCUCAUUCACUUUUCUGCACAGUGGCUGCUAUUUGACAUAGUCAUGAAUUUUAUACCUUGAUGUGGAGUUAAGAUAAAGGCAUUCUGUGCAGUACAGAUGAAAUAUAGCAGCUUUUUAGUGUAUGUGUACUGUUAGUACUCUGUAUAUACUGUAUUUCUAUAGCUUCAUUUGUAAAAAAGAAAACAAAAACAAAAAACAGAAAAAAAAAAACAGAAUCACUUAGCAGUUUAAAGUAUUGUUUUCAGAAACCACCCCCUUAAUUUAUUAACAUGGACUCUGAUCUUGUGGAGUGUCAAAUUCUCUUUCUGUCAUGUUACAUGUCUCCACAGUUGUAACUCUGAACCUGUUGGGAGCAGCAGAACCAUCCAAAUGUUUCCAAAAUGAAAAAACAAAAUGAAAAAAAAACAAAAAACAACACAUGAUUCUUUGGUACAUUUGAAAAAAAAGCUUUGUAUUGUUAUUAACAUUCCCACUGUGAAGAGGACGACUUGUGUGUGUGGCAAGGACUUAACGUACAACUGAAGUGUUGCUGUUUGUGUUUUGUUGGUUUGGAUUCAUAGGGUAAUGUCUUGAUGGGUUGUUCUUUAGAACAUCUCUUUUUAUCUUAUAAAUUUAUGUGCAAACUUUA